AAACGCAUCUCCUCUUUAUCUUUUUCUUUUAUUGAGGCAGCUUUUCUCUCGUCUCUUUUUUCUGUUCUCGUUGAAAGUGCAUAGCAUGGAAAUGCAAACCCUAGAAACUACAAGUUUUCCUACAUAGAAACACCACAAACGCCGUCUUUUUAACUUUUCACCUCCUUCUCAGCUGAAUCGAGUCAAAUCAAAGCCCUGAAUAUCUGCCCGAAAUAAGAGUUUUUAAUUAUCAUUUAGCUGAAUAGGUUCCCUUUUUGAGCUAAAAAUGUCGUCUCUGAGCAGAGAAUUGGUGUUUUUAAUUCUCCAAUUUCUUGAGGAGGAGAAAUUCAAGGAGUCUGUGCACAGGCUGGAGCAAGAGUCGGGGUUUUUCUUCAACAUGAAGUACUUUGAAGAGAAAGCUUUAAGUGGAGAAUGGGACGAAGUAGAGAAGUACCUCUCUGGAUUUACUAAAGUUGAUGAUAAUCGUUACUCCAUGAAGAUUUUCUUUGAGAUCAGGAAGCAAAAGUAUCUUGAAGCUCUUGAUAGGCAUGAUAGAGCCAAGGCUGUUGAGAUUUUAGUCAAGGAUUUGAAAAAUUUCUCUACAUUCAAUGAAGAGCUCUACAAGGAAAUUACGCAGCUUUUAACUCUAGAGAACUUCCGGGAAAAUGAGCAGUUAUCUAAGUAUGGUGAUACAAAGUCAGCUCGAAGCAUAAUGCUGGUAGAGCUUAAAAAGCUGAUAGAAGCUAAUCCCUUGUUUCGGGACAAGCUUGGUUUCCCAACUCUGAAGGCAUCACGCCUCCGAACUUUGAUAAAUCAAAGUUUGAAUUGGCAACACCAGCUGUGUAAAAAUCCUAGGCCCAAUCCUGACAUCAAAACACUAUUCAUGGACCACUCAUGCUCACCUCCGAACGGGGCUCGUGCAGCUACUCCUGUCACUCUUCCAGUUGCUGCUGUUGCAAAGCCAUCAACUUAUGCUCCACUUGGAGCACAUGUAGGACCAUUUCCACCAGCUGCAGCAGCUGCUAAUGCAACUGCUUUAGCAGGCUGGAUGGUCAAUGCCAAUCCCCCCUCAACUGUCCAAUCAUCGGUAGUGGCUGCAUCAUCAUUGUAUGUUCCAUCAAAUCAAGUUUCUGUUUUAAAGCAUCCAAAAACAGCUCCAAAUGUGCUGGGAAUGAUUGAUUAUCAAAGCAGUGAUCAUGAGCAACUAAAGAAACGAUUGCGAUCUUCACAGUCUGUUGAUGAGGCCACGUAUCCUGUUUCCACUCAACAAGCUUCAUGGUCCCUUGAAGAUCUACCAAGAACUGUAGCUUGUACCAUGCAUCAGGGUUCCAGUGUAACAAGCAUGGAUUUCCAUCCUUCUCAUCACUCAUUACUUGCAGUUGGUUGUGGAGAUGGUGAAAUUACACUAUGGGAAGUUGGCUUGCGUGAGAGGCUGGUUUCCAAGCCAUUCAAAAUAUGGGAAUUGUCAAAUUGUUCUAUGCUAUUGCAGGCUGCUAUUGUAAAAGAUUCAUCAAUAUCUGUCAGCCGUGUAGCAUGGAGUCCAGAUGGAAAUUUGAUUGGUAUGGGUAGCAAUACAUUUGUAACAGGAAAUCAUUGCAUGCUGAAUUUCUUUGCGUAUGUCUUUGAUUUCUUUAAUUUAAUUUUUGUUGUUGCAGGGGUUGCAUUUACAAAACAUCUGAUCCACUUGUACACUUAUCAAUGGUCUAAUGAAUUAGGCCAGCAUUUAGAGAUUGAUGCUCAUGUUGGUGGUGUAAAUGACAUAGCCUUUUCUCAUCCUAACAAACAACUUUGUAUAGUAACUUGUGGGGAUGAUAAGUUAAUAAAGGUUUGGGAUUUGUCUGGAAGAAAGCUUUUUCACUUUGAGGGCCAUGAAGCGCCAGUUUAUUCAGUUUGCCCCCACCAAAAGGAAAAUAUUCAAUUUAUAUUUUCAACUGCUGUUGAUGGGAAAAUUAAGGCUUGGCUGUAUGAUAAUGUGGGCUCCAGGGUUGACUAUGAUGCUCCAGGGAUGUGGUGUACUACUAUGCUCUAUAGUGCUGAUGGUAGCAGAUUGUUCUCCUGUGGAACAAGUAAAGAUGGGGACUCAUUCCUUGUUGAAUGGAAUGAAAGUGAAGGAGCUAUAAAAAGGAGUUAUAUUGGUUUCAGAAAAAAAUCUGCUGGUGUAGUGCAAUUUGAUACAACAAGAAAUCGCUUUUUGGCUGCUGGUGAAGAUAACCAGAUAAAAUUUUGGGAUAUGGACAACUCAAAUAUGGUCAUAAGUACUGAGGCUGAGGGUGGACUUCCGAGUCUUCCCCGAUUGAGAUUCAACAGGGAAGGAAAUCUGCUUGUAGUUACUACAGCUGACAAUGGGCUCAAAAUUCUUGCAAAUGCUGAUGGUCUGAGAGCCUUAAGAGCAAUGGAAACACGUUCUUUUGAAGCAUCCAAAGGAACCACUGAGAUGAAGGUUUCUAGUUCUGCUGCAGUUACAGGCAUCAGUCCAGUUAUUAGUAAAGUGGAACACAUAGACAGAAGCUCCCCUGCCAGGCCCACUCCUAUUAUUAAUGCAGUUGAAUCAAUAGCUAGAGGUAUAGAAAAGCCAAGAAAUUUGGAGGAUGUAUCUGAUAAAGCCAAGCCUUGGGAGCCGACUGAGAUUGUCGAUCCUGUUCAGUGUCGAGCAGUCACCAUGCCAGAAGGCACUGAUUCUGCUUGCAAGGUUGCUCGACUUCUUUACACAAAUUCUGGUGUUGGCAUUCUGGCUUUAGGGUCCAAUGGGGUUCAGAAGCUAUGGAAAUGGGGCCGCAGUGAACAGAAUCCUGGUGGAAAGGCCACUGCCAGUGUUGUUCCACAACAUUGGCAACCAAGCAAUGGUCUUCUUAUGACCAAUGAUGUCCCAGAGAAUUUGGAAGAAGCAGUUCCAUGCAUAGCACUCUCAAAGAAUGACUCAUAUGUCAUGUCUGCCUGUGGUGGGAAAGUUUCAUUGUUUAAUUUGAUGAACUUUAAGGUGAUGACUACUUUCAUGCCACCUCCACCAGCUUCAACCUUCCUGGUAUUCCAUCCUAAAGAUAAUAACAUCAUAGCUGUUGGAAUGGAAGACUCAACCAUCCAAAUCUACAAUGUCAGGGUGGAUGAGGUCAAAACAAUAUUAAAGGGUCACCAGAAACACAUCACUGGUUUGGCAUUUUCCACCAGUCUUAAUAUCCUCAUCUCCUCAGGGGCUGAUGCUCAGAUUAUCUUUUGGAAUACUGAUACAUGGGAAAAGAGGAAAUCAGUUACAAUUCAACUGCCUGCUGGUAAGGCGCCAGUUGGUGAUACUAGAGUGCAAUUUCACUCUGAUCAAAUUCAUCUGUUGGUGUGCCAUGAGACCCAGCUAGCUUUAUAUGAUGCUGCAAAGAUGGAAUGCCUUACACAGUGGGUACCUCAAGACAAACUUUCUUCGCCCAUUUCUUGUGCUGUAUAUUCCUGCAACAGCCAAUUAAUUUAUGCUACUUUCACCGAUGGUAACAUUGGAGUAUUUGAUGCUGAUAGCCUAAGGCUAAGAUGUCGAAUAGCCCCAUCAGCAUACAUAGCCCAGGCAUCAUCAAAUAGCCAAACUGUGUACCCAUUAGUUGUCACAGCUCAUCCCCAGGAGCCAAAUCAAUUGGGUGUUGGGCUGACUGAUGGAUCCAUUAAAGUAAUAGAACCUUCGGAAACUGAACGGAAGUGGGGAAUUGCAGUGCCUGUUGAGAAUGGAACAGAGAGCAGCAGGGCAGCUACAUCAUCUGCUACCAACAAUCCCACUCAGGAGCAGCUCCAAAGAUAAAACUGCAUCUUUUUUAUUUGUAUAUUUCAUGUACCAUACUAGGUUGGCUUUUCAUAGAUUUUUAAUCAAGUGUGUGAGUCAAGGAAAAGAAUUAGUUAGAGUGAGACAAUUUCAUGUAUAUUAUACAUUGGAUUCACUGAUUAAUGUGAUAUCUUAUUAUUUCUUCAA